GUCGCAAUCACCCUAUACGAACAAUGUGCCCUCUUCUCCUUUGACUGGGCAGUCAUCACCGGCAAAAGGCGCAGGCGAGCCAUUCACAUUGCAUACUUUGCUGCCAAGAUUGCAUGGUGGUGCUACAUGGUUCUGAUCAUGAUCAGGUACUACACUGUGGAUGAAGUCAACUGCACGGCCAACAUGGUUGCUGUUCAGGUACUGAUGGGCGUCGUUAACACCUGUGCAUCGAUUCUUCUGGCCUGUCGAGCAGUCUGCGUCUACCGUGGCAAGACAAGGACCUACAUCACCUAUGGCCUCGUCGUCGGCACUUUGGCACUUGCUGCUUCUUGGGCCGCCGGUACACAAGAUGUGGUCAUGAUGUGGUCAAGCUUGCCCCUUUUCCCAUGGGCCACCGGCAGCUGUGCCAUGACAGAGGUCAAGACUCAAUACUUUGUCAAGUACCUCAUCACCAUCCUCUACGAUCUUACCGUACUCCUUCUCACCGUCGGCGGCGUUGUCAAGAUGACACGCGGUGGAUCCAGCCGCAUCGGUACCGUCCUGAUAGAGCAAGGUGCCCUCUACUUCCUCGCCGUGUUCGUCGUCAACCUACCCAUCCUGGUCUUGACUGCUGCCCAGACGGGGCCACUCCUGUCCAUCUUCUUUGCAGUACCGUCGGCAGCCGUCUCACUUUGCAUCAGUACCCGCAUGUACGUGCAACUUGCCAAUGAAGCUGCGCACAAGCCCGGAGGCAUCUCCAAUGAGCAACUGUCCAGUCAGGGAUCUGUAUCCGAGAAGGUCAUCAACUUCUUUACCCGA